AUGGUGAUGACGAGGUCACGAGCAGAAGCGGGUGUAAGUUCUCGGACUCCUGUAGACCAGUCUGGGUACCAGGAUGAACGCUGGAGGAGGAUCAAGGUUCACCAAGACGAAGACUUCUGGAUCCAACAAAUGAAGAGGGUCCUAAGAGGAGAUGUGUCGGUCCUAAAAGACGUGUCAGAUCUUCCACGGAACCAGGUCAAGAAGAUUGCGAAGGUCUCCGAUCAGUUUGUGUUAGAUUCGCGAGAAGUCCUCUACAGACUGAGCACACCCACUCCUGAGAGACCUCGCAACAAGCAGUCGGAACUCAGGUUGGUAGUCCCAGAGACUUUACGCGCCGACAUGUUACACUACUCGCACGAAGAUUUUCAUGUCGGCCACCAAGGAAUCAACAGGACGUUUGAGCGAUUACGUUCAGAGUUCUUCUGGAUCGGGAUGUACGCUGACGUACAGAAGUUCGUGAGAAAAUGCGUAGAUUGUGCGUCAGCCAAGGGGCGACCACCGGUUCUCGGUCCGUCGCCUGGCAAUAUCGAACCGAGAUAUCCGUUCGAGGUGGUCUCCAUGGAUUUUGUCACUGAGCUACCUGAGUCUGAUCGUGGAAAUACAUAUUUGUUGCUGUUCCAAGAUCAAUUCUCAGGAUAUGACAUGUGCAAACCCAUGCGGAAUACCGAAGUCCAAGACGUUGCUGAGGCAUACGAAGAGUGCGUAUUCAGAAGAUUUGGGGCGAGUUCAAUGAUCAGACAUGAUCAGGACCCCCGUUUCAUGAGCAAGGUCUUCGCUAGGUUCAGAGGCCUUCUGAAAAGUAAGCAACGUGCGACGCUAGGAUACGUCAAUGGCCAGCAAGAACGCUCAGUCCAAACGGUAAUGCGUAGUGUCAGAGCGUAUGUCGCUGAAGUUGACCAGAGUGACCGAGACGAGCAUGCAGAACGUCUCAUGUUCGCUCUGAAUACCUCGUUCGACGCUGCAAGAUUAGAUACUCCGUUUUACCUGGUCCACGGCUGGGACGCCCAGGGAACCAUAUCCGCAAUACUGGAUCCGAAGCCAUCGAGCCCGAAGCCAUCCACAGUCCAAGAACGAACGGCCUUGGAGUGGCGUCGGAAGAUGCAACGGGACUAUAGCUAUGCUAUCGCGUGCGCUGAAGACUUGCAAAAGAAGGAAAAGCAUCGUGUAAAGGCAGGUUUUGAAACCGGCGACUCGGUGUGGCUGUAUAUUCCCAAAGUCCCCACAGGGCUGAGCCGUAAGCUAGCCCACCUAUGGGUCAAGCUCAAGAUCCCAGGCACAGGCUAC